AUGGUUCUGUCCACACACUAUCAUUAUGUCAGCAACAUGUAUCAGUCCUGGAAUGCCCGCAAUGGCCCCAUUCAGCAGACGGGAACACGGAGACUCGGAGAGGUUAGGCAGCCCGACUCCAAAACCCGUCCUUGCGACAACAUCGUGCUCGUGCUGCUGACUCAAAACUACAGACGCCUUCCUUCCGUGCUCCCGGGACACGAACGCGGGGACAAGGACGGCCACCAAGCCAACAUGACCUUCGAGGCUUCAGCCGCCCCGCUGAAGCGCCAAGACCCGGCUCUACUGGAGCUGCGCGUUUUCAAAACUCGAAUCCCACCGGCAGGGCUGGGCGCGAACCGGCGCUCAGCGCGUCGCCUCCUACGCCCGCCGCAUCUGCAGCAAGCGCGCACCGUGAACCUCCGGGUAGCAGCGCAGGUCUCGGGCUGCGCCACAGCCGCGCCGGCAGAGCUAUUUUUAGCCGCCGCAGCCUGCCCGGCCACCAGACUGGGAAGAUACCUCCAGGACCAGCACGGAGCAGGGCUCAGGAAACUGAGCAGGGUGGAGGAAACUGAACCAGUGCCUGGGAUGAAGAAGGCGAGGGCGUGUGCAGGAACCACCAUUGCUCAGAUUUUGGGAACCAGUAGGACUUUGACAUACAUCCAAGAACAUUCUGUGGUGGAUCCAGUGGAAAAGAAAAUGGAACUUUGUUCCACCAAUAUCACACUCACAAAUUUGGUGUCAGUUAAUGAGAGGUUGGUGUACACACCUCAUCCAGAGAACCCAGAAAUGACCGUGCUCACACAAGAAGCCAUCAUUACCGUGAAGGGGAUUAGCCUCGGUAGUUAUUUGGAAAGUUUAAUGGCCAACACGAUAUCAUCCAAUGCAAAGAAGGGGUGGGCGGCUAUCGAGUGGAUAAUCGAACACUCUGAAAGUGCUGUGAGCUAAGGAGGCCUGCGCCCGUGCUUGUGAUAAAUGAUGCUUCCCAGAAGAAAGGAAAGAAGCAGGUGAGGAGGUGAGGAGAGGACGAGCAAGGACCGGACGGAAGAGCGCGUCUGGCUGCGAGGGCGCGCAGGGCCGGGGAGGAGGAUCGGGCUGGACUCAUCGCGGGUCGCAGGUGACCCCGGGACUGGACGUCCCUCCCCUCAUGAGCGUGCAACAGGGAGCAGCCCCAGCCAGCCCCGCCGCCGCCGUCUGCGUGGAUGGAGGGCGCGAGGCCUUUGCCCAUGUCCCUUGGGGUGGCGCCCAUCACCUUGCCUGCCAUGGUGGCCCAGGCCCUUCUCUCCCAGCAGGUGGCCCGUGCCGCC